AUUGCUGAUGCUGUUAUCCAUUGGCUUCGCAGCAAAUGUUUGUUGGGAUGGAUGGAUGGAUGGAUACUGUAGAUACUUUAUUGAUCUCCAAGAGAAAUUCACAUUUCCAGCAUCUCUGCAAAAAUGUCAUAAAAAACCUAAUCAGUUAAUCAUAAAAUAAAAGGAGGAGACAUGAGAUGUUAAACAUAUUGGUAUUGGUUGAUACUAGGAUCCCAGAUAGGAUCCCAGAAUGCAGAGGCGAGUCACUGCGUGUAACAAAAGUUUAUGAACAAAAGAUGUCCCAUGAGGAAAAAAUACAAAACACAACAAGGCAAAGUACAACCAAAACCACCAACCCGAGUCACGGGGAAAAAAACACUACAAAAUGUAGGACCCUGCUAGACACGAGGAUAGCAGGAAAUAAUAUCACAAGCACUGCUGAGACAAGCAGGCCAACACACUAACAUAGAACAAAAAUUCACAGCUGCAACUCAGCCGGAAAACAAACUAUGUGGACACUGCGACAGCAAAAACUAUACAAAAACACACCUCAGCUGGAAUAUCCAAGCAGGGGACAAAGUACUCACAAUGAGACAAGAAAGUAAGGUUAUUGCGAGGACACGAGGCGAGGAUAAGCUCGGUUUAGGCAUGAAGCAGGGAGCAAUCUGGCAAUGCGUUCACACAUUGGCACAGCUAAAGUAAUUUGUAGGUGUGACCAAGUGACUCCUCCCAGGCCAGUAGGCAGCGUGCGGCAACAGAGUACAGAUAGGCGGCAGCAGAGCAGCACUACAGACCAUGACAGGCAUAUCGGUUAUCAGCAAAAACGCCAAUAUCGACAUCCCUAGUUACAAGAGAAUUGAGGUUUGUAAAUCCAUCCAUCCAUUUUCUAUGCCGCUUAUCCUAGUUUGUAAAUCAACAUCAAUAAAUUAUAUAAACAUUCAUCAUAAUAAACAUAGUAAACAUCAGCUGCUUGUACUGUUUCUUGAAUUCAUUUUAGUACAUUUUGAGUUUUUUGCUUAAUUGAUUCCAUAAUUUAAUUCCACAUACUGAUAUGCUUCAAGUUUUUAGAGUUGUUUGCAUGCAUGCAUGUUUUAAGUUUAUUUUUUUCCUCUGGUCCAAGUCUGGUUUUGCCUCUCUUAAAGUAAUUGUUUUACAUUAUUGGGUAGCAGUUAUUGUUUGCUUUACGGGCAAUUUUAGCUGUUUGAUAGUUUACCGGAUCACAUUUUAAUAAUUGUGAUUUUAGAAAGAAAGACGUGGUGGAUUAUCCUAACCUUUUUUGUAGUACAGUUAGUGGGUGAACCGUACAUUUGUAGUUAUUUCUCCAUAUCUCUACACGUUAACUCAGACAUGGCAAAACCAGAGAACAACAUGGAGUAUAGAGUGGUUUUUGGUCCAGAACGGCUGCACACUGUUUCGGUAAACGUUAAUAAUGAUUUGGAGUGCAUGAGAAGGUGGAAAAGAAACAUAGCUCUUUGACUACAUGAUCACUUAUAACAACUAACACAGCAGCAACAGAACCAAUGUUGUAAUAGCGGUGAGGAUGAUUCAUAAUUGUAAAAAGUACUGCAAGUUUAACACCAACAGCUGAGUAACGCAACCAGCUUUUGAAAGUGCACGCAGCGAAAGCCACUGGAAGCUGGAAGUAAUUUUCUUCCGUUGUUUUAGGCUGAGCAUUAUUAAUUCAUAAAAGACGCAAUAGGAGUGAUAGGUCAGGGACAAAGAGCCCUCUCUUUGGGAGGGAGGGCUGUUACAUGACACGGUGUUGUGUCCACUACACUGACCAAUCACAGACCAGGGCUUAAGUCUUGCACUAGUAGCCUACAUUAGCCUCCACUUGUUGCGUUCCGUGCUGCUGGUCCAGUUUACGUCAGGACCUGCAGAGACACUAUAUAACAGCCAUCAUGAUUCACCCCCGGACUCUCAGAGUCGAUUAUGAUAAAACUGCAAGUGUUGUAUGCGUGGUGGGCUCCUCGCUUCAUGUGGCACUGAACAGGUGUGCACCUCCCAACUCCAAGUUCUUCUCCGUAAAAUGCACUCCCAGUGUCGAGUACGGCAUCAUCCCACCUCACAAGGAGACCUCUCACCUCUCCCCCAUCGCCUUAAACGAAAAGUCAGUGCUGCUCAUCUCCAUGAGCGGUGCCAGCCAGCAUGAAAAUGACAGCAAGCUAUCCGUCAGGUACUACGGCCAAGAUAAAGACGUUUUGGGGAACGCAGUCCUGCACCUGACAGCACUUGAAAUCUCUCUCGACGUGGACGCGGACCGAGAUGGUGUUGUGGAGAAAAACAAUCCCAAUAAGGGAUCCUGGGAGUGGGGUCCUGAUGGGCACGGAGCCAUCCUAUUGGUAAACUGUGACUCUGAGCGGCGCUAUUUCCAAAAACCGGACAAUGAGGUGGACUACAUCUCCAAGUUGUCAGACCUGAGGGACAUGUCUGUGAUGGUGCUGCGGACCCGCGGCCCUGCCAAGCUUCCAGAGGGCUACAAGCUCACCAUGCACAUAUGUCAGGGCCACGCAGAGGGUGUCAGGGUGUACAGGCCCAAGCCUCGCUAUACGAGCAACUCCUUAUCUGGUGUGGCGAAUAACUUUGCCCAAGUGCUGUGCAGCAACGUCUUGUCCAGGGAGGUGCCUUACCUGGGGGGUGCAGCGGAGAUGAACUUUUACGUGGAGGGUCUGAAGUUUCCCGACAAAGACUUUGACGGGCUCAUCAGCAUCAGCCUCAGCCUGCUGGAGCCCAUCUGCACAGGUCUCCCCGAGACUCCCAUUUUCACAGACACGGUCAUGUUCCGAGUGGCGCCUUGGAUCAUGACUCCCAACACCCUGAGGCCUGUCGAGGUGUUCGUCUGCAGCACCUCAGAUAACUACUCGUUCCUGAAAGGAAUGAGGAGUCUUGUUGCCAACAGCGGAUACAAACUAAACAUCUGUCAUGAGUACAUGAACAGAGGAGACCGCUGGAUGCAAGAUGAGUUGGAGUUUGGUUACAUUGACGCUCCACAUCACCGCUUUCCCGUUGUCCUGGAUUCGCCUCGAGAUGGCAAACUUUUGGACUUUCCGUACAAAGAGCUGCUGGGUCCUGAUUUUGGCUAUGUGACAAGAGUGGCACUUAGAAAAGAUGUGAGCAGUCUGGACUCAUUUGGCAACCUGGAGGUCAGUCCUCCUGUGACUGUGAAUGGAAAACACUACCCGCUGGGAAGAAUCAUCAUUGGGGUGGCGUUUCCUACGACAACCAAAGGACGGAACAUGACCAAAGUGGUUCAGGACUUCCUUUGGGCACAGAAGGUUCAGCAGCCCAUUGCUUUGUUUUCAGACUGGCUGCUCGUCGGCCACGUGGAUGAAUUCAUGACUUUUGUUCCUGCGCCUGAUAAGAAGGGCUUUCGUCUGCUGCUGGCCAGUCCAGAUGCAGGCUACAAGCUCUUCAGAGGUUUGAAAAACAAUGGUCAUGGCCAGGCCAAACUCUUUGAGGGUUGCAGAGACCAGGUUCCAAUCACAGUGGACGACAUACUUGAAGAUGCAGGCUUCCAAGCUGAGAACAACUAUGUUCAGAGCUGCAUCGACUGGAACCGAGACGUACUGAAACGAGAGCUGGGCCUUGAUGACUCCGACAUCAUCGACCUGCCCAUCCUCUUUAAGCUACAGCAGGACGAAGAUAAUGAAUACAGAGCUGUGGCAUUCUACCCCGACAUGGUGAACUUGAUCGUCCUGGGCAAAAACCUCGGCAUUCCCAAGCCGUUCGGCCCGAAGGUGAACGGCCGCUGCGCCCUGGAGGCGGAGAUGAGCUCCCUGAUGGAGGAGCUGGACCUCAGCUGCACCUUCAUCGACGACUUCGCCUCCUACCACCGGCUGCUGGGAGAGGUCCACUGCGGCUCCAACGUGCGUAGGGAACCCUUUGACUUCAAGUGGUGGAACCUGGACAUGUGAACUGAAGUGUAUGAGGUAAAAGCCUCCACCAGCCUUCUAAAUGUCACCUUUGUUAAACAUCUUUAUUUACAAUAUGGAUGUAAAGCAAUAUGUACAACCAAGUCUUUUUUUUUUUUUUUUUUUUUUACAAGGGCUUCAGUAGACUGAACAGACAAGAAGAGAAAUACAAUCAUUUACAACAGAUCACAGAGAAAAUUUCAGUCCAAACUGGUCUACUUUGGAUUUGAACAGUUGGGCCAGACACAUGGAGGUGCUAUUGUGAUGAGCCACUAGGGGGCGCAAGCAAUCUAUGCUUUUCGUUUCAAGUCAAAUUGCAGGAUUUUAGAGUUCGAUCUGAAUCAUUUAUCAGUCUUUCUCUACAGCCUUUUUUCAACCCAACUAUAAACCACGUGUGCCUGCUUCAUUUCAUCACUGACUCAGGGUGCGUUCACACUUGUCAUGUUUGCUUCAAUUAAAACUUAAAACAUACUCUGGUGCUUUAGUCCUGCUAUUACGGUUCAUUUGGUCAAAUGUGAAAGCCAUCCUCUGAGCCCUGCCGUGCAACAGACAAGCGGGCCGAGGCCGCAUGAACGAUGGGUCUUGGUCCUCUCGCAAGUGGAUUGGUCUGGUUCACUUUAGGUCAAAUGUGAACGCUACAUGGACAAAGACACGGACCAGUGUUAAAAUGACAGCAAAAAGCAUGCAGAUAUGACAAAUAUGUAAAAGAAAAUGCGUUGCAAGUUGUUUUUCAUGAAAUCUAAACUGGUAAAUGUAGCACAUAAAAACAAGACUCAAUCCAGCACACAGCAUUUUGGUUUGGAAUAUUUGAUUUACAUCACUUAUGUCACAAAAUCGAACUUCAGAGUUGUCCAAAUUUUUCAUAAAUGGAAGGAUGUUUGGGCCACUUUCAUAUUGUUCACAUUUAUGAAACACACUAAAACCAAUCCAAUGUAGGUCAAGAUAUACAAAGCGGUUUAUUAAAAAUAAAGACAGGUGACGAGGCAAAUAGUGGCAAAUCCCCCAAUCAAAAAUUGUACGUAUUUUAUUUAGGUGUCUGGGGCACGAACGCCCAAAACCCAUUCAGUAGUGCCCCCCAGAAAGUGAGAAAAUAUUUGCACCUGCCACUAGGUUGUCCGAUUGACACGAAAUCCAAUACACAUGAUGGCGAGCAAGAAAAUCAUCAAAGAACCUAUGCCAUCUGCCAUUUUGGUUUGCAGGUGUCAUUUUUCAGAAAUCUGUGCCAUUUUGUUUUUGUUUUUUGUGUGGCCCUAAUUUUCUUCUGUUGGCUGUGUUUCAUUUAUAUGUAAAACAUUCCGCGGGCCAAUAAAAAAAAAAUAAACGGCUGCCGGUCUCGAAUGGGGCCACACUUGCCUUCAUUUGCGCAUCUGUUUUUAGUGUGCAUCUGUUUUUAGUGUGCAUCUGUUUUUAGUGUGCAGCCUUUGGUCCCAUAACAAAAACACUAGUAUGAACGCACAGCAAACUGCACCAAAGUGCGCACAACGUGUCUUUUUUUUGUAAUUUUCCAAACCGCAAGUGUGAACGCAGCCUUAAAAAAAACGAGACAAGGGGAGGGGGGCUCACUGAAGCAUCAUCCCCAAUCUGCAAAUAAACAGUGAAGAUCCAUGUGGCAUGUGUUACAUUCAGGGAUAAAGACGAGCUCUCACCUGACACAAUCAUCGUAAAGGCAACUUCAAGAUGAGUCACAGUGUCGUUGAAAAAUAGCAAACAACCUUAGCGUGCCUUACGUCGUGUUGCGUCGCACACAUAUCAACAUUUUACACAUGAAGUAAAAAACAAAGUGUGGCCACAAACGUACACUGUAUGUGGUUUCAAUAAAACAUUAAGCACAGGUACAACAUGGCACCAGAGGACGUUUUGCUUAGUUUUUGUCAAGCAGGUUGACAC